UUUUUUUCUAACAUCCUACUGAGUAUAUACAUGGUCACAACUACCUAUCCCUCCUCACCACCUGCAUCUGUCAACAAAGAAUGGUUACCUAUGCCACGCGGGAUAACCUUGAAGGACACUUUUGCUGAUGACCUCAUUCGACAGUUUGAUAAAAAACGGAUCAACUUGCACAAAGAUCUAGGUGACUUUCAGGAUCACGAUUCUUUACCCUCAUCAUCAUCACCAAUAGAAUCAGCUUCACCUAGUUUUACCAACCUAUCCCCUUCAAUACUUCAACCUAGUAUACGACCUGUCAGUUCAACCAACUCAACUAUAACUACUCCUUCAAGAAAAACCAAUCGUCGAUCAUCUGCAGGUGAUCUUUUGCGUCGUUCUUCAGCAUUUUUUAGAGCAACACUAGAUCAUACUUGGAAGAAUAUCUCACGAUCUCAUGAUAAUUUACGCAACAAAGAACAGCAUCAUCAAGAAGAAGAAAAUAAUGACAUGAUAUCAGAUACACCAGCACUUCCAGCCACUAUUGCUAUCAAUACCACUAUUACCUUGCCUAUCACUAGAAAAUCAUCACAACAUUCUUUUCCUCCACUUCAACCACCUGUCAUUUCUCAAUAUCCGCCAAAACCUUUACAUUAUUCUCCAGUUUCACUCACAAAUAAUCAUGACCUUAUCUCCUCCAAUGAUGAUCCAUCACGUAAGACUUUGAUCCAUCGUAUCUCCAUGCCUGCUCUUCGUCGUCGUGUCUCCAAUUUUGGCUCUACUUCUGAUACUGGUCAACAACAAGUAGGAAAUCAAGCCCAACUUCGUCGUAAAUCUGAUGGAACCAUGCCUCUCUUUAGAAAAAAAAGGUCAAGUCAAUCAUAGGGUGCCUAUAUAUAUAUUCUUCAUUUUUCUCGAUUUACCGUCCUUUUCUCUUUUUCUUCUUUUUAUUAUCAUAUUCACUAUUUUACCACAUUAUACUUAGAUCCCUUUGUGAUAUCCCUUCUUUUAUAAUCAUAGUUUUAACUAAAUAUCCCACUCUAUUUUUUCCCCGUCAUUCAUUAUAAAACAUUUAAGCAUGUCCAAUAUACUUUCUGCAACUAGUAUAUAUAUUCAAUAAAACUAUCUAUUUUUUUUUUUUU